AUGGAGCCGGUCUCCUCCACGGAUGCCGAGCUGCAGCCCCUGCUCCUGGCCAACGAGUCCGACGCUUUCCCCAGCGCCUUCCCCAGCGCCUUCCCCAGCGCCGGCGCCAAUGCGUCGGGGCCGCCGGGCGCACGGAGCCCCUCGUCCCUCGCCCUGGCUGUCGCCAUCACCGCACUCUACUCGGCCGUGUGUGCCGUGGGGCUGCUGGGCAACGUGCUGGUCAUGUUCGGCAUCGUCCGGUACACUAAGAUGAAGACAGCCACCAAUAUCUACAUCUUCAACCUGGCCCUGGCAGAUGCGUUGGCCACCAGCACACUGCCCUUCCAGAGUGCCAAGUACCUGAUGGGGACGUGGCCCUUUGGGGAACUUCUCUGCAAGGCCGUGCUCUCCAUCGACUACUACAAUAUGUUCACCAGCAUCUUCACGCUCACCAUGAUGAGUGUUGACCGCUACAUUGCCGUCUGCCACCCAGUCAAGGCCCUGGACUUCCGCACACCUGCCAAAGCCAAGCUGAUCAACAUCUGCAUCUGGGUCCUGGCCUCAGGUGUGGGUGUACCCAUCAUGGUCAUGGCUGUGACCCGCCCCCGGGACGGGGCGGUGGUGUGCAUGCUGCAGUUCCCCAGCCCCAGCUGGUACUGGGACACGGUGACCAAGAUCUGCGUGUUCCUCUUGGCCUUCGUGCUGCCCAUCCUCAUCAUCACGGUGUGCUACGGCCUCAUGCUGUCGCGCCUGCGCAGCGUCCGCCUGCUGUCAGGCUCCAAGGAGAAGGACCGCAGCCUGCGGCGCAUCACGCGCAUGGUGCUGGUGGUGGUGGGCGCCUUCGUGGUGUGCUGGGCGCCCAUCCACAUCUUCGUCAUCGUCUGGACGCUGGUGGACAUCGACCGCCGCGACCCGCUGGUGGUGGCCGCGCUGCACCUGUGCAUCGCGCUGGGCUACGCCAACAGCAGCCUCAACCCGGUCCUCUACGCCUUCCUCGACGAGAACUUCAAGCGCUGCUUCCGCCAGCUCUGCCGCACGCCCUGCGGCCGCCCGGAGCCGGGCAGCUUCAGCCGCGCGGAAGCCACGGCCCGCGAGCGGGUCACCGCCUGCACCCCGUCCGACGGCCCCGGCGGUGGCGCGGCCGCCUGA